GCGCGGGGCGAGGCCGGGCCGCGGGGGCGCGGGCCCCGGGUCGGGGGCCACGCGAGGCGCCGGGCUGCGCGCCGAGGCCUGGACAGCGCGCCCAGGUGAUGUGGGCCCCUGUGCUUCUACGGAAGAAAGGGACGCCCGCGGCGGCGGCGGCCCCGGCCGGCCCCGCCGCUCAUUUUGACAUCAGCCCUUGGGGCGCCGGUGGCAGCCCUGACGCCCCAGCUCGCUGAGGUGCCCGUAAGGAUGCAGCGGUCGGGUGGCCGGCUCUCCCCGCGGGAGGGGCGCUGCCUGCGCUUCUGAACUCGCGCAGAGAAAAAACAAAACCGAAAAACAAAACAAAACAAAUCCCCCAGAAUGAUGCUAUCCCAGCAAGCCCAAAAGUGGUUUCCAACCCACGUCCAGGUCACAGUGCUUCAAGCUAAAGAUCUGAAGCCAAAAGGCAAAAGUGGCACCAAUGACACGUACACCAUAAUUCAGUUGGGUAAAGAAAAGUACUCCACAUCUGUAGCGGAGAAAACCCUGGAGCCGGUCUGGAAGGAGGAGGCCUCCUUUGAGCUGCCUGGCUUGCUCAUGCAGGGCAACCCGGAGAAAUACAUCCUUUUCCUCAUAGUGAUGCACAGGUCCCUGGUGGGGCUGGAUAAGUUUUUAGGGCAGGUGGCAAUCAAUCUCAAUGACAUCUUUGAGGACAAACAAAGAAGGAAAACAGAGUGGUUUAGAUUAGAAUCCAAACAAGGAAAAAGAAUAAAAAACAGGGGUGAAAUAAAGGUCAAUAUUCAAUUUAUGAGAAACAAUAUGACAGCAAGUAUGUUUGACUUGUCAAUGAAGGAUAAGACAAGAUCGCCUUUUGCAAAAUUGAAAGAUAAGAUGAAAGGGAGAAAAAAUGAUGGGACAUUUUCUGACACAUCUUCUGCAAUCAUUCCAAGCACUCACAUUCCCGAUGCCAAUACUGAAUUUUCAAGCGGCGAAAUGCAGAUGAAAUCCAAACCAAAAAAGCCUUUUCUUCUGGGUCCUCAGCGGCUCUCUUCUGCCCAUUCAAUGUCUGAUUUAACUGGCUCCCACUUAUCUUCCGAAAAACUGAAGUCUAGCACUGUAGGUCCAACACAUCUUCUCAGUCGCCAGAUAGAGCCCUUUGGAGUUGUUCCAGAAAUUGGAACCCUCAAGUCUCCACACAGACGAACACUAAGCUUUGAUACUUCUAAAUUGAACCAACCUGGCGGCACUGUGGAUGAAGGUGAACAUUCUUUUGGAAGACAGAGUGACCCAUUUACAAAUGUGACUGCUUCAUUACCCCAAAAGUUUGCAACACUGCCAAGGAAGAAGAAUCCAUUUGAAGAAAGCAGUGAGUCGUGGGACAGCACUACAAAUUUAUUUUCAAAACCAAUUGAAGUAAGGAAAGAAAAUAAGAGAGAGAAGCGGGAGAAAGUAAGCCUCUUUGAGAGAGUGACAGGGAAGAAAGAGAGCAGAAGAUCUGACAAGCUCAGCAGCGGGGGCUCUGAGAGCCCGUGUGACUUGAAAUCACCUAGUGCUUUUAGUGAAAAUCGGCAGGACUAUUUUGAUUAUGAGUCAACCAAUCCGUUUACAGCAAAAUUCAGGGCUUCGACUAUAAUGUCAUCUUCAAGUUUUCAUAUGAAUCCAACAAGCAGUGAAGACCUCAGGAAAAUCCCGGACAACAAUCCUUUCGAUGCCGUGGCUGGAUACCGGAGUCUGACGUACGAAGAGGUGCUGCAGGAGCUAGUGAAGCACAAAGAACUCCUCCGGAGGAAGGACACCCACAUCCGUGAGCUGGAGGACUACAUUGACAACCUCCUUGUCCGGGUGAUGGAAGAGACUCCCAGCAUCCUGCGAGUACCCUAUGAGCCAUCCAGGAAAGCUGGCAAAUUUGCCAACAGCUAGGAGAGCCAGUAGGAAGGAGAGAGAAUGAGGGAAUGAGAGGAAGGAAGGGAGUGAGGGUGUUACUGGAAGAGGCCACACUGUCAGGUGCACUUCCUCCCCAUCAUUGGGAAACACUGUCAGUCCUGUAGGUAUCAAGAGUAAUCUUUGAAGUGAGUAAAAUACUCUGAACUCUUAAACUGAGAAUGAGCCAUGCCUUGAUGAGUGAGCGGCUCUGUGGCAUCACUUGGGUGCUGGUGCCGGACGUCGUCUGCCAUAGGCCUGGAAAUAUAUUCAACAGCCCAUGAGUUAUUCCUCAGGAAUAGAUUCCAUAAAGCAGGAUUGAUGUGGUGUUGGAUUCUCAGAGUCUAUAGACACACUCAGUGUCAGGAACCCUGCUCGUUAUAAACACUAGUAAAAAGAAGUUCCUCAUACAUGACUAUGUAUGUUCGUGUGUCUCUGUAUAUAAAGUAAUGCAUAUACCUCAUAUACACAUGUGUAUUUAGGGCACUUAAAAACAAGUGGUUGCCUCUACACUAACUCUACAGUUAGGAUACCAGUCUCAUAGUUGAAAAUGCGCUUUUGCAGAAUGCCCUCAGGACUGCUUGUCACCAGGACCACCCCACUUCUGUGGAGAAGCUGUUUGAAUCCAGUCCUGACUGUCUGAACCCUGAUUUUGAAGAUAUUCACUGCAUCCAGCUCUGGCUUCCAACUUUACCCCCAACUCCUGCCCAAACAGAACUGAUGAUCUCAAGUCUUUUUUUUUUUUCAAGGAGUGGCAGAAUUUAGAGUUCGUUAUUCUUUUCAGUGAAGCAUGGGUUUCCUCAUCUAGUGUUCUCCUGGUAUUUGAGUUUAUGGGAAGUGUAAGCAGAAGCUAGGCUCAUACGGUUUAUUCUCUGUGGAUCAUGAGCAAAGACAACAAAGAGUAAAGUUCUGCCUGAGAGUGAUCGAGGGGAUGGGCUGUGGUCUUUCCCUGAUCACCCAAGGCAACAGCGACUUCUAGGGAUGAGGGUCGGGUUUGGCUUCCAUGUCCUCAGUGUAGAGCCCUGGACCCAGGCUCAUCACAGCAGUGAGUGUUGAAAGCAGGUCUUCGCCAGCACCAGAGCGUGUGGCAGCCCCUGUGCGCCCUUGAGGAGAGCAGUCACAAGCUUUGGGGUCUGUGGGUAAGCCUGCCUCCCUGGAGUGAUAGUUCCUCUGUGGGUUACCUUUAUGUAUUUGUACAAAAUUAUCCUGAAAUUUAAAGUGAAAAGCAACGAGAUAAGAACAUUUCAGAUCUUCUGGUAUUUCAGCCUUUCCGAUCUAAGCACCGUGGAACAGACUGUCUUUCAGAGCUGAGGAUGAAAGGCUGCCAUGUAUAGAGACUGGUGGCUGAGUAUGUCCCUAGCCCAGUAGUGAGCUGCAUUUUUCUGAUGCUUAUCUUAAGUAAGACUUCACUGAGAGUCAAAUGAAUGCAGAGAUUAUAGUUUUGCUGAUUUUCAUACUUUUUAGUCACAAAAUUCCUUGUUAUCUGUAUUUUCUGAGUUUCUGUGGUUUUCUAGAAAACAUGGGUUUUGAAGUGAAAUUUUUUCCAAAUACAAACUUAAACACUUUCCUAAAUUAAAGUAGAGAAGGAAAAAUGGCUUUUUACAAUCAAUUUUCCUUCCACUUAAUAAUUAAAGUGAUUCUAAAUAAACUUUAGAUUUGGUUUUCCCAUGUGAGGUCUUGGUAAAAUUUUUUUUAAUGGUGCCACUUAAAAUGAACAUUUUUUAGAUGUUACCAGAUUCUUACAUAUUUUCAUCAUGGCAUUGCUGAGACCUUACAACUUCUCACAGCACCUAAAUCCUUGUAUUCAGGGUUAUGACAAGAUAGCUGCAGUUAGGGUAACGUGCACCAGCCAAAUAUGUCCUGGGGUGGACCUGAGCUGUCUGGUGACUUUGUCCUGGGAAUAAGUGUUCCAUAAAUCUCAUUUUAAAAGCAUAGUUCAAAUGCCAUGGUUCCUUCUAUGAAAAGUAAGUCAUAAGGCACAGCUUUUGCUUCCGUAAGAAUAUGAGCACAUGUACUCAUCUGCCCAUAGGCACUAGCCAGGCUGAAUGGGUAUUUGCCUUUUCAGACUCUGAAAUGAAGCUGUGCCCAUUGGCAGUCUCAUAGGCAGUGAGCUUUGAGGCACAAGCAUUGUUGCUAAAAAAACACAAAGGUCUGAGACAAACAAAACAUCUACAUUUAGACUCUGGAAAAUGUUGUAUUCUAGAGGUAAGAAUUUCACUUGUGAACUUAAUGUUUGAUCAUCAGUUAACAUGUUAAACUUACAAGUAAAAUAAGUCUACAAGUGAACAUAGCAUGUGGGCUGUAUCUAAGUGCACGUAUGAGCUGGGCACUGUAGAAAGAAGGCUGAGAGGUCAGUUCAUUUAUUUUCCAAAUGUAACAGAAUAUUCUAGUGGUUUAUUUUUGUAUUAACUUAGAAGUGGAAAUAAAUGUUUGCCUCUGUAAACAGCGCAUGCACAGUAGAUGUUUAAGGGCAUUUGAUUUCUGAGCUUAGCCUAAACAUACAUGCUCACAAAGACUUCUAACAAGAUUUUUUUUUUUUUAAAUCACAGAACCAACUCCUCUCCAACCUGAUUUAAGCUAACACACUUCUGUUACAUAAUUUAACUUUCUUAAAACAACAACAACAGUAUUUUACAACCAGUCUCUUCCAGUUCUAAACUCAGCUGGACAGUACUGCUGCUCUGGCCUGCCCCUGGGAGUUAAGGGCCUUGCUCAGAGUUGUACAUAGGUACCACGUAGCCCACUCAUGGUAAGUGGUGGAAGCCUUGCCUCUUGCUGCUGCCGUGUUCUGCAUCGACUCCAGUUUUGCCCCCCUCCCAUGAGUGUAGUAUUAUCAUAGAUUAUACAUAACUACAUGUAUUGCUUUUGGCAGUAAAUCAAGUUCUCGUUGUAAUUUUCCGGCUGUGAAAAUGUUGCCUUGUGUUUAAAAGGGUUUCACGAGUGGAAGCCUAAGUAAAUAAGCUCAUUAGUGACAGGCCUGCUUUUCCAUGUCCCCAUUCCCCGUCUCCCCACUCCCACUGCACCCCGCUUGCCACCCCCAUGUGAGCGCUUAUCCUUAACAAGGAGAAUCUUGAAAAUGAAGAAUCAAAGGGCGACCUGCUGUCUCUAAGUAUCUGUAAUAACUGUUACACCACAACUUUUGUUUUCCUGGAUAGCGUUAUUUCCCCUAAAAAUAAAAGCGCUUCCCUUGGGUUGGAAGAGCAGGCGAGAACUCCUCACUGUCCAUGUGUCUGUUGUCUGCCCUGGAGCUGCAGUGUGUCCCUCCUGUGCAUGGGUAAAGGGUGAACGUGCCCAGUCAUGUGAUCUCCCCAGCAGAGGGAAGACUGCACUGUAGGCUCAGGGUGGUACUGGAGACGCUCUGUCAGCACACACCGAGAGCCCCCAUUUUCACAGAUUUAGAACUUUGAUAAUCCAGAUGCUGUCCUUGGAAGUAUUUAAUAUGCAAUAGGUAGCACCUUCUCUAAUUAAUCUGCAUAUGAAGGGCUUCCCGAUGUAUUUAAUAAGAUGUGUAGAAGCUCUUCAAGCAUUAAACUAAAGUUGACGUUUUGUUUCAUUUACUUUUCGGUGUCAAAAAAUGUCAACCCUUACAAUGGAAUUGAAAAGUCUGUUACCUAAUGGUACAUUUGGGCCUUUUAAUUCUGAGGCUUCUAGAUUGAAUUGUGAGGUACAAAAAAAUGCUGCAGAUCUAGAAAUGUAUGUUCUUAGCAGGUAUUUGAAUGAUGUAAGCAUUCUUUGUAAUUGAAGAGUAUUACCCCUACCUUCUUAAGCUUAGUAACCCAUAUACAUUUUUGCAGGUGCAAAAGUGUAUAAACAUUGUAUAAUGUGGCAGUCAUAAUUUAUGUAAGCUGAUGCAUGAAUCAGAAUUUUUAUAUAUGAUAAUUUGUCAUUGUUGAUUAAAGUGUUUGAACUUAA